GGCUCGGCUUGGGUGAAAGGGGAAAGGGGAAAGGUCGGAGUUCGCCAUGUUGUUGUCUUUGUGUAAAGGAGUGAAGCUCGGUCUCACAUCGCUCUUCCCUCUUCCCCCGAGUCCUCUCUAAACUCUUCCCCCCCUGGGUUUCUACCCUCCCGAACCUCUCCCCUUAUACCCUCAUAACCCCAACCCACCCCCGGUCACCUUCCAGCGCGCGAACCGGAUCAUCUCAGUGACCAAAGAGCCCCCGCCCCUACCCCCACAAGUUUACCACAGAAGUCUCACCCACAGCAGCUGCAGCUAUGGACUCCGGUGUGAUUGAAGGAGGGCUCAAUGUCACCCUUACCAUUAGGCUGCUCAUGCACGGCAAGGAAGUUGGCAGCAUCAUUGGAAAGAAAGGCGAAUCUGUGAAGAAGAUGAGAGAAGAGAGCGGCGCACGCAUCAACAUCUCUGAGGGCAACUGUCCCGAGAGGAUCAUCACUCUGGCAGGGCCAACCAUCGCCAUUUUCAAGGCCUUCUCCAUGAUCAUUGAUAAACUGGAAGAGGACAUCACCAGCUCGAUGACAAACAGCACAGCCACCAGCAAGCCCCCAGUGACCCUCCGCAUCGUGGUGCCCGCCAGCCAGUGCGGCUCGCUCAUUGGCAAAGGUGGCUGCAAGAUUAAAGAAAUCCGAGAGUCAACCAGUGCUCAGGUCCAAGUGGCAGGUGACAUGCUGCCCAACUCCACGGAGCGCGCCAUCAGCAUAGCUGGCACGCCCCAGUCGAUCAUUGAGUGCGUCAAGCAGAUCUGUGUUGUCAUGCUCGAGUCCCCCCCGAAAGGCGUCACGAUUCCCUACCGACCCAAACCUUCAGGAUCUCCUGUUAUCUUUGCAGGUGGACAGGCGUAUGCCGUGCAAGGACAGCAUGCCAUUCCACAACCAGAUUCUUCCUCUGCUGCUAUCUCUCCACAGCUCACCAAACUUCACCAGCUGGCUAUGCAGCAGAGCCCCUUCCCCAUUGCACACAGCAACCAGGGAUUCACCGGAAUUGACGCUUCCGCUCAAACCAGUUCUAAUGAGAUGAAAAUUCCAAACGAGCUUAUUGGCUGCAUCAUCGGCCGCCAGGGCGCUAAGAUCAACGAGAUCAGACAAAUGUCGGGCGCCCAGAUCAAGAUUGCAAACCCGGUGGAUGGUUCCACCGAUCGACAGGUGACCAUCACGGGCUCGCCUGCUAGCAUCAGCUUGGCAGAAUACCUCAUCAAUGCCAGUGUAGAGUCCUCUAAACCUCCUCCUCCUCCCUCCUCCUCCUCCUCUUCCUCCUCCUUGAACCCCGAACCGAGCAGCCCGUGCCCUUCCUCCACCUCUACUACUACUACCACUGCUACUGCUACUAGCACCUCCUCUGCUUCCUCCUCCUGUGUGGUGCCCCCCUCAGCCUCCAUCCCUCUGUCCUUGUUACCUCCUGGGCCUCCUCCUUCUUCCUCCUCCACAUCCUCCUCCGACCCCUCACCUGCCUGUGUGUCCAGUCUCCUCACACUCAAGCCCCUGCCUCUGCUGGCCCUCCAUGUUGUCAGCGGGGCCGCCAAUUCUGAGCCCAAAAUGGCCCCCGAGCUGGGCUCCAAGUCCAAGCGGCGACGGCUCUCCCCUUACUAGCACAUCCACUAUCUACGCUUGCUUUGGCCACGUGUACUUAACACACACACACACUAUACUUAAACCACACACACGUACACCACACCAUGUUGCAAGGUUUCUGGUAAGUUCACAGUAAAUUUCCAUGGGAAGAUAUGCGCAGCCAUUUUUGAAUUAAUUGGAAAUUGAGUCAUUUAAUGCAAAGGUAUCAUUCCAUCGCUGCCAUUGGGCGGAAUCCUCAUAGUUCCAAAUCAUUUACCUGAAUUUUGCAACCCAACAUGCAGGCACACACAAACGCACACACGCAGUUUGCUGCCAUAUAACUAUUGCCUGUCAAGUGUGAUUAUUAUUAUUACUAUUGAGUUUUGCAUGCAGCGCGGAUGUGGCCGCUGAAGCCGUUUUUCCUCUUUAUGUGUGUAAGCUGUGCUCAGGUAGCGGCUCUUUCUCCUCAGAUGAUGUCAUGCUUGCGCCAAUUUGAUUUGUUUUGACAUCACCGUGGUGACUGCGAGUGCUUUUUUUUUCUCCCCCCCCCCCCCCCAUGUACAUAAAGGAGCUUUAGUCCUCGCUCAGGUAUACACACCACAAAUUAAAGUUGAGCUUUGACAUUUUUUGGGGGGUGUUUUUAGUGAACCUAAUUUCUAUGAUUGAAAUUAAAGUCUGUAUUCCUAACCAUUA